AAUUCUGCGCAUGCGCAAAUCAGUGAGAGCGCUUUGUUCCUGCUGACAUUUGAAUUUGCCUUUUCGUUUUUAUUACUUCGUUGCAGCUCUUUUUAUCGCGGACUGAGUGUCGAGUUAUCGCGUGAUGAGGAACUUUUCUAGCUACUGCAGAGUCAUCGAUCUCAGCGCAGCCUUGAACCGAUGCGGAUUGGGCGAUGGAUAGGAGAUAAUAAAUCGAUCUUCACACCUCUAUCCGGAGACCCCACGAUGACACACUUAUUUAUAACGUCUGCGCAUAAAUUAGAAAAUCACGUAACCGAAAUCCAAAAUUCUUCCGUAAGUGCAUAUAUAUACCUACUCGGAGACUCAUAAAUAAAUCCAAAGCGGAGAGCCUGUAUAGGUAUACAACACACCCCCAAUCGGUCCCUCGGCAGGCCACCAGCCCCCCGUAAAUCACUCUCUCCCGCUGAGAGAAAGAGAGAGAGAGCGUAAGCGGAAGAGAAGCUUUCACCCUAAUCCGACGAACGCCUAGAAAAAGGGCCAUCGGACUUGGGAAUCGAUCGGCUCUGUUUAUACAUAUAUAGCUAUCCCUAGAAGCGAGUGCGGGUCGUUGUUCGGUUAAAAAAAAAGUAUACAGCCUUGACUGGACCGUCCGCUGCUGCCACCUAGCCGACGUUACUCCGCGAUUCUCUGUUGUCUUUCGCUCGCUGCUCUGCGCGACGACGGCGAUGUUCCACAGCGCAGCACUACUCCCGUGUUCGGACUCGCGCUCACGCGCGCGCGCGCGCUGGUAUAGUGCCGCUAUAACAGCUCUCUCUCUCUCUCUCUUUCUCUCUCUUUCUCUCUGCAAAGGCAAACUAGAGGAAGUGCAGUAUAUACGUGCGCCUGGGUAUCACCUAUACUAGAAAAGAGACGAGGAAAAAAAGGAUCGAGGAACGGAGGAGACGUACAACGAAGAGCUGGGAAUAGUCGUUGAAUUUUGCCGUCUCUACGCGGUCUUCUGAUCGAUCGCGAUAUGGUAAUAGCAGUACACACUGUCGGCCCUGGUGUACGAUAGUCGUCCAGGUGAAGCACACGACUCGCGCUGUGUAUGUGAUAGAGAUUGAGAGAGGGAGAGAGAGAGAGAGAGAGAGAGAGAGAGAGACAGUGUGUCGAAGAGUGUGAAGGGAGGAAUAAGAAAGUCCCGUUCCGACACGAGGCAGUGCGCGCGCGAGGAGUAUAGCGCGCGCAGUGUCGUCCGGACGGAAAACUGGGACGCGAGGCAGCCUCCCGUGCAGCGUGCCUGCAUCUCGCGCCGUACACCUACGGCACAUAUAUUUUUCGAGGAGCAGGCGUGAGUAAGUGCUCGCUCUCUCUCUCUCUCUCUCUCUCGCGCAUAGGAGAAACAUAACGAGACAUAGAAAGGGGAGAGGGAGAGCGCAAGCGCGCUGCUAUACUACUCCGUGUCCGGCGUCAUCGAACCUCGACACUGCGAGAAAGACGGAAGAUCGCCGUAUAGCCAACAUACACACACACACACACACACAGAAGUCCUGCGGGUUCGUUGCGUGCGCGCUGUUGUCGAGUAGCGAGAAGUAUACGAGAGUGAGAGAGAAGGGAAGAGAAGCCGCUGCUGCAGCUGACUCCCGCUCGCGCGAGUCCGCUUCGGAGCAGGAGAGAAUUUUUCAUAUACGUCAGCAGCGCGAGCAGGACGCAGAACGCGAGCGCAUGGACAUUCUCGUUAGCGCGUUGACCGACGGGGGAGGUUGACGUCGUUGUUGUUGCUCCGAAUGAAGUCGACCGAUUGUUGGAUUGUUCAGGACAGCCUAAGCUCUCGACGAUGACGAUGCCUCUGACGAGCAGGACUCGAGCCGCAGCACGUCGUCGCGGUUUCGGCAGCCAGCCAGCAGCAGCUCUCGCCGAGGACGAGGACGGCUCCAACUGCUCGCCCCUACGGUAAUCGAGCUGACCCCAAGGUCGGACAGCGCGAGGACACACAAAGAGCUCCGAAUCGACUCGGAGAGCACAGAGGUAGUAGAAGUAGUGGUGGUAGUAGUAGUAGUAGUAGUGGCAGCAAACCGAGAGAAAGAAGAGGACAUGCCCUUGUCAAGGCCGCCCCCACUCUCAGCAGGCAUCUCCUCGCUGGAGCAGCUUCACGCCUACGCCUACGGCGAGAGCAAUCACCUGCCGCCCCUCAGAGCCGGUAGUAUGGUGCUCAAACAAGGCGAAUCUCCAGCUGCCGCGGCCAGUUCGCGCGACGAGCAGCAGCAGCUUCUGGGCACGACGCACCUGCCGAGCCUCAACUCCAGCACGAACAACAGCCUGCAGAACCUCGCCUCGGCCAACAACUCGGACCUGCUGACGACGUCGCAACUGCUGGCCAGCGCCCACGCGAGCCUGCACCACUCGCGAUCCAACAGCCAGUCCAGUUCACCCCUCGUCGUCGCCAAGAACGGCGGCGAUGCUCACCACGCGUCCCAGCACCAUCACCUCCAUCAUCACCAUCAGCAGCAGCAGCAGCAGCAGCAGACGGCUGGCAACCAGGUGUCGACUGGCAACCAGGUGUCGGCGCCGCCACCGGUAGCGGCGUCUGCCCAGGCUGUGAGCGUCAAGCCGAAGACGAUGAUCGUCACCCCGGACAUCGUGAUGAAGCUCUACAUGAGCAAGCUCACGCCGUACGAGCACCACGAGAUCUUCAACUACCCGCAGAUCUACUUCAUCGGGGCAAACGCCAAGAAACGACCCGGCAUCAUCGGCAUGCCCAACAACAAUGACUACGACAACGACAAGGGCUCGUACAUACACAUCACCCACGACCACGUGGCCUACAGGUACGAGGUGCUCAAGGUCAUCGGUAAGGGCAGCUUCGGACAGGUCGUCAAGGCCUACGACCACAAGAAUCACGAGCACGUGGCGCUGAAGAUGGUGAGGAACGAGGAGAGAUUUCACCGACAGGCCCAGGAGGAGAUAAGGAUACUGCGCAAUCUCCGGGAGCAGGACAAGGACAACACCAUGAACGUCAUCCACAUGUUCGACUCGUUCACAUUUCGCAAUCACAUGUGCAUCACCUUCGAACUGCUCAGCAUCAAUCUCUACGAGCUCAUCAAGAAGAACAAGUUUCAGGGCUUCAGUCUCCAGCUCGUCAGAAAGUUCUCGCACUCCCUACUGCAAUGCCUCGACGCCCUGCACAAGAACAAGAUCAUACACUGCGACAUGAAGCCGGAGAACGUGCUGCUCAAGCAGCAGGGACGUAGCGGAAUCAAGGUGAUAGACUUCGGCUCGAGCUGCUACGAGAACCAGCGGGUCUACACGUACAUCCAGUCGCGCUUCUACCGCGCGCCCGAGGUAAUCCUGGGAGCGUCUUACGGUAUGGCGAUCGACAUGUGGUCGUUGGGCUGUAUACUCGCGGAGCUGCUCACCGGAUUUCCGCUGCUACCAGGCGAGGACGAGCCCGACCAGCUGGCCUGCAUAAUCGAGCUGCUGGGGAUGCCUCCGCAGCGACUGCUCGACAAGGCCAAGAGAGCCAGGCAGUUCAUCAGCACGAAGGGCUACCCGCGCUACAGCGCCGUGACCUUCAACUCCGACGGUAGCCUCGAGUUCAGCGGUGGACUGUCUCGCAGGGGAAAGUUCCGCGGGCCGCCUGGCUCGAAGGAGCUGAAGAGAGCGCUCAAAGGCUGCGACGAUCCGCUCUUCCUCGACUUCAUAGAAAAGUGCCUCGAGUGGGACCCGGAACUACGCAUGACCCCGAGCAGAGCACUUAGGCAUGCUUGGCUGAGACGACGACUGCCCAGGCCUCCUGAUCCGGCUGGGGCCCAGCAGCAGCAGCAGCAGCAGAAAAUCAGUCCAGUGGUCAAAGCGCACGAUGUUGCGCAGCCUCAGCAGGCCGUUGCCGCUGCUGCUGACCUGCCCAGCCUCACCACCUCUCAGCUGCUUCAUAACACCAUACAGGGUAGCGGUACGCUGGGUCUACGUACGUGCCCGUCCGGCAAUAGUCGGGGCUCGAGCAAGGCCGCGAGUUGCUGUAACCAGCAGCAGUCCCAGCAGCACCAAACGCAGCAGCAGAGUCAACAGAGUCAGCAGCAGCAGCAGCAGCAGCAGAGUCAGCAGCAGCAAAAAAAGGAAGGCGAGCAGCUGGCCAACAAGCUGCGCAAGCUCUUGGCCGACAUGAAGACCAGCAGCAACAACAUCAACAACGUCAACAACACCACGCAGCACAACCGCCGGCAGCUCUAUACGCAGCUAUCGCGGCUUAACUUUUCCGACACAUGCGAACCCCCCCUAACGGCUUACUCCGAUAAGGCUAAUUCACAAUGCCACUCGAAAGCUCUGUGGGACAGCCUCAGCCUGCAGGACGUAAAGCAACACAGCAACGGCUCCUCCCACGACAGUCACAGCUCUCAUGGUUCUUUAGGCAGCGUCUCCGACAGGUCACUCGUCGAUAAAGACGUCUGGCAAGACAUACGGCGCUACGCCGCGGAAAUGUGAGCCGCUCGUCCGACGAUCUCCUCCUUCCUCUCAAUUACGCGGUCCACUUCUUGUCACCGAAUCGAAAACGAGCCUCGGAAUAAUUUUUGACGCUUUAUUUGCUUCAUCCGUUGAUGAAAAAUUUUUUUAGAAACUUUAACCCAGUGCGCGAUUGGAGUUUUUUUAUCUCCUUUUUAUUGUGCUUACUUUUGUACAAUCCAAAAGAAUUCGUUAAUUUUAGCAUUUUCAUAAUAUUUGUUUUUACAAAGUGACCGACAUGGUUCUUCGUAUAAAUUUAUCGUUUAUACUGAGUUCAUGGUGGACCUAAUUUUAAACUACGUUGGCGGACGAUUACUUGACAUUUUUAUUCUAGAAAAAUGGUUCCAAAGUAAUCCUUACGUGUCAACUAGCGUCGAAAGCUAAUCCAGGCCUCGUACUGUUGAACGGUGCAAAUGGACGAAAAUUCGGCAUCCGAGCCCAUUUUCCCAAGCGUUUUAUGGCCCUUCGCAUGUGUAUUGAGUUAUGUCUCGUUUUAUUGUACUGAUUACUUUGUAUAGCACCGAUAGCCGGUAUAUUUGUCGACUUCUAGUUUUUACUUGUUCAUUUUGUUUUUUCUACUUUAUUACUCAUAGACUGUAUGCAAAAUUCGACAAAAUGAUAGGUCAUUUCGUCGUACGUAUAUUAUUGAUAAUCAGCCGAAAAUCUGUUUUUUCUAAGUCACGUUUUUAGAGUCGUGAUAGCAAGAAACAAGAUUUCAUGUGAUAACUGGAGCAUUAGCUGUACUCACGUGUGUCGUCUUGGAAAUCGUUGUACGAGACACUUGGCGUUUUGCUUUUUCAUUGGAUGCUAAACUACUGCCAUUAGUUUUUAUGGUUAUAAUAACGUGACGAUCAACUUCGCCACAAGCGCGAUUUUGCACUGAAUAUAUAAAAAAAGCUUGUGAAAAAUUGUCUGCGUAAAGAUUUUUAUUGUAAGUGGAUACAAGUCACACUAGAAAAAAGACUUAAUGUAAUCGUUUGUUUAAUAGCUCGAAUUCUUCGUGUUUUAUCAAGAUAAUCGUGAAAGUAAAAAAAGUUAAUUACAUUGUAAACUACAUUGAUGUACAGAGUCCCGAGUUCCGAUUCUAGUAUAUAAAACGAUGAGCGCUGACGACUCGUAAUUUUACUAGUGUGGAGACAUUUCCCAGAAAAUACUCGAGUGCAUAAAACUGUGCAGUGUAAAAGCUUUAGAAGCGUCGAAGUGACGUCCAUAUUGUGUGAAAUUGAGAAAAAACAGCAGGGCCGCAGUCCUCGCUAUUUGAAAACAAUUUUUUAAAAGCGCAAGUGCAUUUUGAAUGGAUCGAGUCUUGUACAACGCUUUUCCGGAUUUAUACUCGCGUGCGCGCGAUCUGCCGAUAUUGUUAACAUUGAAUUAUAAGGCUGUGAUCCAACGUCUUGACAUCUCGACAUUUUGUCGAGAUGAGUUUCUUUAUACACGAGAAAUUAGAAAAGAAAUAAGUAAGGCGAAAAAAUAAUUAAUUAAAAAACAAGCUCUCAAGUAUUUUAGAUUUGUACGAUGUGUACGUACAACUCUUAACACGUGCACGUGCGCACUUCUCAUAUCCGAAUCGCCUGCAUUGCAGUCGCAGCUGGUCGCCGAAUCGGACAUUAAAAAAUGGACACAUUUUACUUAAGCAGAUACUGUACCAUGGCGCAUAUUCGCUCACUGCCCAGUCAGCGGUAUCUUAAAAACUGUCAAAUUGCAUUUUAUUCCCUAGUACGCGGAAAAUCAAUCGAUUGGCAAAUUUUAUAUUGAUUUUUAGAUUAUAUUGUAGAGUAUAUUACAUAAGUAGUUUUAUGUAAAUUUGUGUAUGUGUCAUGUGUAGUGUAAACGUUUUGUAAGAUUUUAACGCUAAAGGACAAUUUUAACAAUUAGAAAUAAAACAAUUUAAUACGAUUUUAUAUUUUUUCAUGCAUUUUGCUAUCAAAUAAUUUUAAAUUACUUUGUGCGCUAGUUGUACAAUAUUCAUGCAUUUUACGCUAGAGUAGUCACAAGUCAUUCUUGUACACUUCCAAAUACGAAAAAUAGUCUGAAUUGGCGCCGAGCUUCGGCUGCACUUGCGUCGUACGGAAUUAGAGAAAGAAGGAAAAAUGCGAAAACGCUGAUAAGCUGAGUAAAGAGAAAUGGAAAUCCAAAUUCUGCGAAUGUUGCCGCUAGACCGAUGGAAAUUUCCCUCCUAAGCGAAAACUCGCAUAGAAUGCGAACGGAUUACACCAGUUUUUCACCACCUCGUGACUGAGUGAACUUUUAAAACGAAAGUUCAGAGCGAGCGAUCGGGUGAGGUACACGAAUAAAAAGUGCAACCUAAAGUCAUAAUGUUUUUUUUUGCAUCAAAUAUAAACGAGGAAUUGUGAAAUCGUUGUCGAAAAGAUUGUAAAAAAGCUUGCAGCGAGCAGUGCAGGAAGUUUGGGAUGCGAAGAUACGUAGAAACAUUUGCAUAACUGCGAUACGAUGUUCACUUUGUGUUCUUAAUUGUAUUUAUUGAGCAAUAGAGAACAUGCAUAAUAUUAAAGUUCACAAUCGUUCAUUUCGUUUGGUCAACCACGAACGUUUCACAUUGUAAAUAUUUCAAUUUCUUUAAAGUUUCAAUGCCAUUUCUGUAGUAAGCGACACUGUUUAUCAUUGAUUUUAGUUCAGUAAGCUUUUUCUUCCAAAAAUUAGAAACUUUUUUCAACUUUGACACGAAUACGAAAAAUUAUGCAUGUUCUUCAGUUUGAGUGAAGGCUAGACUUUAUAAUCAACCGCGUGUGUGCGUGCGUGCAUGUAUACCUUGUAUAUUAAUUUUGUGUGCAUAAAUAUGCCAGAAAAUUUCGUGAAUACCGAAUGAAUUUUACACGUGUACGUAUGCAUGUUUGUAUGUGUAUCCAUUUGAUGAUAGUUUAUCCUCGAUUAGUAUCGCUUAAUCACGACCUACCGGUACGUAAUAAGACUUAUCAUCGUUAUAUAUAUUUGAAAAGCGUUUAAAGUACAUAUGUUUUAAAUGUUCUUUUGCACUGAUACUACAAUUUGUCGGAGCCUGAUGUAUUUCUGAAUUAGCGACGCAAUUGCGAAAUGCGACUAGCGACAAUCUUUUAAAAGAGGGAAAAAAAAAACAAAUUGGGCAAACUGCUCUAAUCCAAUUUCACUUUUUACACUUAGACUUAUCAAUGGGGCACGAUGUUCAAAAGACUUUAAAGCGCUGAAAUUAUAUUGCAUUGAGGAAGUUCAUUUGGUAAAAAGUCAUAUCUUAUCAGAGCGCAGCAUUUGACCUUACUCUAAGCGCGAAAUUUUCUGGAAAAAAGGAAAAUUUGCACAGACGACACAGAAACAUGUUGUAAACAUAAACGAACAAUGUCUCAUUUCUAUAAUUCGACGCUCGAAACUUGUAUCUAUUUUAUGUUGUCGCAUUCGUGAGUCUUUCAUCACGCGAAAUUCAAAACUCACAAAAUCGUUCGCAGAGAUGUCUAGAUAAGCCUUUAGUAUAGUAAUAAUUGCAAUGCUGUAAGUACGUACGCACGCAUGAUCAGCGACAUUGUAAAUAGCAUAUUAUAACGUGACGAGUACAAUCGUCGCGAAAAAUUGUGAGAUUCAAUGAUUGAUUAUUUUCGAUACUCGAUCUUUGCUGUAACUUGGAAUAACAUGUUUCGUGCUGAUAUAUAGAUUGGUUCUAAAAAUAGUACCAGAGUCCAAGACAUGCUAGACGAAACUGGGUAAAAAAUUAGCAAUCAUGGAAAGAAAGUACAGUUUGUCGAGGACACACUGUCUUACUCUAAAUUUGGCAUGGAGUAGAUCAAUAAGCGUAUAUAGUUAAUGAAUUUGCUCUCUCACUGCGAUCGAUGAAUACAUCAAUUUUUCAGAUCGGCAUUUACCUCUGUACAAACAUUAUCAAUAACCUGAUGAACUGUGAAUCGUUGAUUAAGUACAAUCGUUUGAUCUUUUACCAUAUCCCGAUAUUUUAUGAGAUUUUUAUUCAAAGUUAAUAGAAAGUUCAACAAAGGCGUUAUAUUUGCACGACGGCAGAGAAAAAAGUCAAUCAAUUAAUCGUCAAUUUUUCGCGGCGAAGGUCGCGCACACGAAAAUAAAGCAUACUGCAUUAUACAUACCUUCGUACGCAUCAAUGAAAAGUCCGUUUGUUAUAGCGCGCGCUUGUUCUCAAGCAUAAUGUCAUGUGUAUAAUAUAUACUAUUAUAGUAUAACGAUAACGAUGAGAUAGAAAGAAAACAAAAGAAACAAAUCACUAAUGAUUAAUGAAUCCUAGGUGUAUAAAUGUAUAAAUAAGGGUGGUUUAUAAAAGAUAAACAAAAAGGAGAAAAAAAAAAGAAAACCUAGGGAUAACGACACACAAACGAAAGGGAAAGUAGUGUGCGACUUUCCUUCUGAAAUAUGAGAGCGGCGAUGCAUAAUAUGAUCUCUUUACUCGUACCGUGCGGCAUACUAUUAGUUAUUAUGUAUAAGCAGAAUGCAUUAAAGCUAUAAGAAAAAAGGACAAGAAUAAUAAAAGAACAAUGUGCAUACUCUCGUUACGUCCAACCGCAUUUUACCUCCUAUAGUUGAAUUCCCCAAGCGGACGCGAUUGUCGCCGCCGGCGCAACUCCGGAGGGCGCACUACGUGACUUAUAUAUACAAUAUAUAUCGGCAAAGAAUUAUAUUAGAAGACCGCGCGCAACGUUUUGUUAUAUACAUAUAAUAUAUAAUUAUAGACUUUGUGUGCGCGCGCGAGAGCGCGGCGGAGCAAACCCGGCAGCGAAGAUAAUAUACCUAUAAUUAGCGAGAGGGCGCCGAUUGAGAAGAGCAGCUCGUUCAGACGUGAAAACUGAAAAAGUAAAGCGAAAUAAUAAGUAAACGAUGAGAGUGAUUACACAAACGCAUUAUGUACGUAAUAAACUGUAGCGAAUUUGCGCGAGUCGUAAAGAAGUAUAAAACUGACGCGAGGAGGAAGGAAACGAAGAGAGCUAAAAAGAAAAAUGAAGAAGAAAUCGCCUUGAGAGUAUCGCCUCGUCCGUUUCGCCACGGAUAAUAAAAAUACACUUUCGCGUUAUAGAUGUUAAAGUAAUACGUCUUGACGAAGUAACGGCGAACGUUACUGGCGUCGCGUAAGACAUACGCGCAAGAUAUCGAGCAACGCGGCAAUUAAUUAGUGUUCGAAAGAGCUGUAGAGAAGGAGAAAGAGAGAAGGUGACGAUGAUGAUGAUGAUGAAGAAGAAGGAGAUGAUAAUGAGGGUGCGAAUAGCGCGUUCGAUAUGAUGUAUACUCUUACGAUGCAAGUGCAACCACUCGAGUUCAUCUUCUUUCGAGAACCAGUGCCCGAAUACCUGAUUUGAUUAUUAUAAAUGAAUAAAUACUGCUUACGACGGUUA